GUCUGAAAUUGAGGACUUGUUUACGCGUCAACAUUCAUCACAAGGAGAUGGAAGUGAAGUUGAAAGUGAAUCUGAAAACUUGUUAUCACAAAUGGCUGUCAAAAUGAGAAGCAAGUAUAAAAAAUAUUUUGGAUCAGUAGAUGAUUGCAAUCAGUUAUUGUUGGUAGCUUUAGUCUUGGAUCCAAGAUAUAAGCUGUUAAACUUUCAAAGAAUAUGCGAAAAGAUGCUGAAGUUAGGUGAUAAAAUGGUGGAAAAAAAAGUUGAAGAAGUCAAGGACUUACUUACCAGUUUAGUUGAUGCAUACGCUUCAGCAUUUGGUACUCAAAAAGGCAGCAAAGUGCAAGAACAAACUCCUGAUAAUCAUUGUAGCAGCUAUCAUUCGAGUGGUGUAAGUGGAAAAAUGGCUGAACUUCUUGAGGAUUGGGAUAGAGAAUUGGAAAAGGGUGAUACAAUUAUUGUAGGUAGUGAAGUAGAUAGGUAUCUACUUGAUCCCAUAGAAAAGCCUCCUAAAGGGACUGACUUUGAGAUAUUGACUUGGUGGAAGAUUAACGGAAGCAAGUACCCUAAUCUGCAAUUAGUGGCUAAGGAUGUGUUAGCAAUUCAAGUCUCCACAGUCGCAUCUGAAUCUUCCUUCAGUACUGGAAAGAGGGUGAUUGAUCCACACCGGAGUUCAUUAACUCCCAGAACUGUGGAGGCUUUAAUUUGCCUCCAAAAUUGGCUAAAAUCCAAUAGUAUUCAAGGCUUGGAGUACACUCCGACACCCGAGGAAAUGUUGUGGCUUGAAAUGGUAGAGAAAGGUAUGUUUGAGUAACUGACUUUGUGAUACACACACUUUACUUUGUUAUUUAUUAUUCUGAACUCUAAAUCGUAUUUAUU